ACUGGAGUUGUUAUCGUUGUUGACCCUGACUGAAUUCAUGUAUGUUGGAGUGUAGUGUCUAAGUCUAACAUGGGAAAAGGCGGCAUCCUACUUCUUGCUUUCGUCCACACCGCUGUUGCUUUGACUUGUCCGAAUGGUUGGACGGUGAAUCAGAAUUCUUGUUACCAUGUCAGUCGCGAUAGGGAGUCAUGGGUGGAGGCCACGAGAAUGUGUGAACUACACGGUGGUUACCUGGCUCAUAUUGAAACUGCAGAGGAGCAAACUUUUAUGAAACAAUUGCUUCAACGAGUAAACGAUCACCAAUAUUGGUUGGGCGGUUCUGAUUGGACAAUAGAGGGUAAAUGGAUCUGGGAACCUAGAGGAGUAGCGUUCAACUUCACCAGCUGGUCACAUGGCGAGCCUGACAACAGACACAACGAACAACAUUGUCUUUUGCUGGACACACAUUCCCAUAACCAAUGGUUUGAUCAUGACUGUAAUGACGCUCGCCACUAUAUCUGUGAAAAUUCCGAAGGAGUGGAAUCGACGGAUCCAGACCUGGUUGGGUGAUUCUUUUUUCACAAUCAAUUAUUUUAUGCUAAAUGUACAAUUUCAUAUAGCAAUAAACUGAUAUCUGAAAGCAA